GUUUGGCGAAAUGGAUGGCAGUGUGUGCCUGAACCAAAUGGAGAGACAAAAAUGCACCGAAACUGUGACCAAUAAAAGAUAGAGAUAUAGCUUGAGACUGAGAUUGGACUUUGGACUCCAAAUCCAUUCGCUGAAUUGAAGAAGAAGAAGAAGAAGAAUCUGCCUUCUGCGCAAAGCAAUGUCUCUUAGUCGCAGGAUUCAGUGCUCUUCUUCUCUUUCCGGAUUUUGAAUAUUCAAAAUAACUUGGGAGUUGAUGACUGAUAUCUCCACUGUGAAUCUUUUAGUGGAUUUUCUGAAGCAUCAGUGAUCUUGAUACACAGUCUGAGCGCCAUGGCUGGAGAGAUCGUAAGCUCAGAUCUUCCUUUUUGAACACUGCAACUGGAGAAAGAUUUAGCAAGUAUAGAUGUUCUAAUUGUCCUGAAACACUUGGCUAAGAACUGAGAAGAGUUCAUUUGUGCAGCUAGAUAGUGGUACAAAGAUGUCAACUUGGGAGCAUUUGGGAGAGAUGGCGACCGUGGCCCAACUCACGGGCACUGAUGCGGUUCGACUGAUAGGAAUGAUAGUAAAAGCUGCAACUACUGCUAGAAUGCAUAAAAAGAACUGCAGGCAAUUUGCGCAGCAUCUGAAAUUGAUAGGGAACUUGUUGGAGCAGCUCAAGAUCUCAGAGCUUAAGAAAUACCCGGAGACACGAGAGCCUUUGGAACAGCUUGAGGAUGCCCUUAGAAGGUCUUACAUUUUAGUAAACAGUUGUCAGGACCGGAGCUAUCUGUAUCUCCUUGCCAUGGGGUGGAACGUUGUGUACCAGUUUCGAAGGGCGCAGAACGAGAUUGAUCGAUAUUUGAAGAUUAUUCCUCUUAUUACUCUUGUUGAUAAUGCUCGAGUGAGGGAGAGACUGGAAGAUAUUGAGAAGGAUCAACGCGAAUACACAUUCGAUGAGGAGUACCAAAAGUUGCAAACUGCUAUCCUGCAAAGGGAACCUUCAAAACAUGAAACUAUGGUUCUUAAAAAGUCUAUAUCUUCUUCCUACCCAAACAUGGGGUUUAAUGAAGCAUUGAAAAAGGAAAAUGAAAAGCUUCAACGAGAAUUACAGCUAUCACAAGCUAAUAUGGAUGUGCAGCAGUUUGAAGUGAUUCAGCGUUUGAUUGAUGUUACAGAAACCGUUGCAGCAGGUCCUCUUCCGGAAGAGAGUUCACCGAAAAAAGUUUUUAAGAAAGUAGAGGACACCUAUUCUGAUGCUGAUAGUGAGAAACAUUAUUCAUAUAAUGAGCACUCUCCUAAAAAAAUCGAUUCUCGCGCGACUUCAAGAAGCACAUCUUCAGUUUCAUCAGGACAGGAUCUACUGUCAAGAAGGGGCUCUUAUCAGCAUGAAGAAUGGCAUACUGAUCUGCUUGGCUGUUGUUCUGAACCUCUUCUGUGUAUAAGGACAUUAUUCUAUCCUUGUGGCACAUUUUCAAAGAUUGCAACUGUGGCGAAUAACAGGCACAUGUCUUCUGCAGAAGCAUGUAAUGAUCUCAUGGCAUACUCUUUGAUAUUAUCAUGCUGUUGCUACACUUGUUGUGUUAGAAGGAAGCUUCGUAAGACAUUAAACAUCACGGGUGGGUUUAUUGAUGAUUUUUUGUCACAUUUGAUGUGUUGCUGCUGUGCUCUUGUCCAAGAAUGGCGAGAAGUGGAAAUCCGAGGCAUCUACAGUAUGUCCCAUGCUAGAGCUUAAUUUUUUUUUGGUCCUGAGAAGACAAAAACAAGCCCUCCACCCGCACAAUACAUGGAAUCGUAAUGACCAAAAGAAAGCUCAUUUAGCUGCUGCUUGGAGAUUCAUCAACUUCCAAUCUUCAAUAGAGGCAACGGCUGGUUGCCACUGUCAUAUAAAAUUUGUAUUGAGAAUGCUUCUGCACCAUGAAUUCACCUCUAUGUAAAGUAAUAUCCAGAUUUCACACAUGUAUGGUGUAUUAUAGACUAAUUUUUUCAAGGUAUAGUGUUUUGAGUUAAUCACUUGGAUUUCUGUACUCUUGUCAGACUAACCAAAUUGACUUGAAACAUCAAAGCCCAUUUUUUCAUA